AUGCGUUUGGAUAGCGACGUUUCUGCGCGUUUAUUGGAAGUUGGUUUCGGCGGAUGUGCUGCGCCGAGGGGAUAUUUGGAUUCACGACCGCCAUUACUUUGGUCACUGUAUUAUGAUCUCAAUGAGCCGGUUUUUAACGCAGACGAUUUGCCUUCGAAUCUGCGUGUUGUGGACGGUGUUGAUUCGUCGCUUACUUAUAACAAAUUGAUUGAUAAUGUGAAUUUUAUUUACUUUCUCUCAAACCAUCAAUUUUCUCGUUCUUUCACUGUUACGAUGAAAUCAAUUUUCGACCCAAAUGUUUUUGUAUGUAUGGAUAUAAAUAUGGAAUUGGCAACAGUUACUUAA